AUGGAAUUGCAAGGGGCGGCGGUCAAUGUCCGCUCCACCAUUGCCCAAGGGUCGCAAAUCUCGCAGCUCAGGCCGGGGCCGGUUCGGCCAUUCAUGAACUGUCCAAGUUCCCAUGGCACCAUGCAUCAUGGAAGCUUGACGGCCCAGCCAGCCAGCCAGCCAGACGUGCUUCAUUCCUCGGCCAUGGUUUUUUGGUCGCUCGAGCCUUGCUCCGCUUCGCAGUCCAUCCUGGUCCUGGUAUGUAUGCUUGUUUCCCCUACUCCACGUCCUCCUCUCUGUGGCUCCCUCGACCUCUCGCCUCGACCUCUCGAGGGUUUUGUCUGA